GGAGCCGCCGGCCGGGGGAGGCCAGCGUUCUCGGAAGGCAGGGGUGGGCUACGGCAUGCCUCCGAGUUGUGCCGCCCGGCCCCGCGGUGGCUCGGCAUCCCGCUCCUGCUUCUCGGGCCUUUUCUGCCCAGGAAAGCCCCGGAGAAGUUAGGGCGAACUGUGAGAAACAACGAGUCGGCAUUGACAGAGAAGCUUCUCUGCGGUGAGGCGGCGCCAUCUUGCAGUACGGCAGAAAAGCUGUGGCGGGCGCCAUUUUGCACCUGAACGAGAGAUGAGAAGAGCCUCGCUGUUUUUCGCCGCUUGGGCGCCGCCAUUUUAGGUUACGGCAGAAUCUCCGCCUUCCCUAGCACAACCUCAUAGGGCGCCGCCAUUUUGGCUUACGAACAGGACGGCGACCCGCAGGGGUCCUCACCCCCUCCCUUCCUCCCUUUAGGUGUCUUCAUAAAAUGCCCGUGGAGAAUCCCCUCUUUUUUCGCCCCGCUCCCAAGAUGGCGUCGAUGCGGGAGAGUGACACUGGCCUGUGGCUGCACAACAAACUGGGCUCCACAGACGAGCUGUGGGCGCCGCCGAGCAUUGCCUCGCUGCUCACGGCUUCGGUGAUCGACAACAUCCGCCUCUGUUUCCACGGCCUCUCCUCGGCCGUCAAGCUCAAGCUACUCCUGGGGAUGCUGCACCUGCCCCGCCGGGCGGUGGAUGAGAUGAAAGGGGCACUGACUGAAAUUAUCCAGCUCGCUACCUUGGAUUCAGACCCCUGGGUCUUAAUGGUAGCUGAUAUUUUAAAAUCCUUUCCAGAUACUGGCUCCCUUAACCUUGAUCUUGAAGAACAGAAUCCCAAUGUUCAAGAUAUUUUAGGAGAGCUUAGAGAAAAAGUAAGUGAAUGUGAAACUUCAGCUAUGUUGCCGUUGGAAUGCCAAUACUUAAACAAAAAUGCCUUGACAACACUAGCUGGGCCACUUACUCCCCCAGUAAAACACUUCCAGCUGAAAAGGAAACCUAAAAGUGCCACACUCAGAGCUGAACUCUUGCAGAAGUCAACAGAAACUGCACAACAACUCAAGAAGACUGCAGGAGUGCCUUUCCAUGCCAAAGGCAGGGGACUGGUCAAAAAGAUAGAUACGACAACACCACUCAAAGGAAUACCAAAACAAGCUCCAUUCAGGAGUACUUCAGCACCUAGUGUAUUUAGUCCUUCUGGAAACAGAACUCCUAUUCCUCCUUCAAGAACACCUUUGCGCAAAGAAAGAGGAGUGAAGCUUCUAGAUAUCUCUGAGCUGGAUAUGGUAGGUGCUGGCCGUGAAGCAAAGAGAAGAAGAAAGACAUUAGAUACAGAAGUUGUGGAAAAGCAAGCCAAAGAAGAAACAGUAGUAGAAAAUGCUACCCCAGAUUAUGCUGCUGGCCUUGUGUCUACACAGAAGCUUGGCUCAUUGAACAAUGAGCCUGCACUACCUUCUACAAGUUAUUUACCUGCUACCCCCAGUGUGGUGCCGUCUUCCUCAUAUAUCCCAAGCUCUGAAACACAGCCAGCUGGCUCUGCACGAGAGGCCUUGCAGAGUAACAGGCAGACUGAAGAGCCUGCAGCUCCAAAUGCUACUACAACUCUGCCUGCACAAUUCAAACAAAGAACACCCAUGUACAAUAGUAACUCUAAUCCACCUGCAGCUACACCUACCUCACCCCUAACACCUACCACACCUCCUGCCAUUUCACCUGCGGCACAAGCACCGCAAGUGGCCCCCCAAACUCAGCAACAGCCACCACCGAAAAAAAGCCUCUCUCUCACAAGGGAGCAAAUGUAUGCUGCACAGGAAAUGUUCAAGACUGCAAACAAAGUUACAAGGCCAGAAAAGGCUCUUAUACUUGGAUUCAUGGCAGGAUCCAGAGAGAAUCCUUGCCAAGAGCAAGGUGACAUCAUCCAAAUUAAACUUAGUGAGCAUACAGAAGAUUUACCAAAGGCAGAUGGCACUGGCAGCACCACUAUGUUGGUUGAUACAGUCUUUGAAAUGAACUAUGCUACUGGUGAAUGGACCAGAUUCAAGAAGUACAAACCUAUAACUAAUGUUUCCUAAGAGAUGCAGCAACAGCAGACUGGACCAAAUCAAGCUUUGAGUCAACCAGCUCAUAGAGUAUGUCAACUGUACAAAAUGGCAUUCGUGUGUACAUUUCUUAUUACCCUCCAAAGUAGAAGUUGUGGCUCUUCAACCUAACUGGGCUCAGUGAACACAGGAGAUGAUGGUGUCAAACUUUUUUUUUUCUUUUUUUUUUUUUUUUUUUUUUAAAUCUUGGGAGAGGGAAAGGUGGUCUUAGGGGGGAAAGUUGUUGGUGUGUUUUUGUUUUCCCACAGUUCAAGAUGCUGGAAAAGGAGAUCACAACUGAAAGAUUACAGAUGGGAGCAGUUUACUUCUGAGUACCAGAAGACAAGACUAAUGCACAGUCAUUCACGGUUUACCAUUAAAUGAGGGCACAGAUCUUUAUUGUAAAAAUAUUUUCUUUGGCUACAUGGGUUCUAUUGUAAGAAUGGACAUUUAAAGCACCACAAGUCGGUGCUUGAUUAUUUUGUAAUUCAGCUGCAGUAUAACUAAAUAUUGCAGGUGGUAGAUGUCCAGUGUCUAAUGGUACCCACUGUAUGUUUAGCUUGUUUAUGCUUGGGUCAUAGGAUGAGAUUGAGCAGCUUUGUUAACUCGCUAUAUUGUCACUGUCCAUGCCCAGCAUGAGUUAAUCUAUAUUUGGCAUUAUUUGAGAUAGAGAGACUGAGUAUCAUAACUUUGUGAAGAAAAAAACCAUCAAAAUCAAGAAAAAGUAAUGGUGGCUUGUCACUGCCUGGAAGUGAUAGCUCUUUGCCAUGUAAGUCUUAGGGUAGAAGAUGAUCAAUGGCUCUUGCAUAGCAAGCCCUUUGAACAGCAUAACUUACCUGGGAAGAAGUGAAACUAUUACAUCUUGAGAUCAAUCGCAGCUUAAUUUAAAAAUGGCCCUAGAAAUGGUUGAGUGACACAUAUCUGAAUAUAGAUGGUUGGGAAGAUUUGUUGUCUUGAGGCAAUGUUAAUUUUAUGUUUGGUUGAGCAGUUGUAACAUGUUUGAUUGCCAAGCCCUGAUGCAAAAAGUUUUGAAUGACUGUAGCUGUGGUUCUUACCAGUGUAGUUAUAUCAGUGUAAUCACUACUGUGGCCACAAUUAUACUGGCAUAUGAAUGUGCCUUAUACUUGUCCCCUUCUAGUAGAAGCACAUUUUUAUCUUUAUAACUGUGUUCACAUCACUGGUAUAAUCUGGUUUUAAUAGUAUAAAUACAGCUUAUAUUUAUUGAGAGAGCUUAUGUACAUACUUCAGGAUUCAUCCUUUGGAGACUUGGUUUCAUCAUUUGAAAGAGACUUGGAUCAAACAUCUGGUGUCUGCCAGUACUUGUAUGUGGAGCUGUGCUUGGUUGGGAAUGGUUCUUAGAAGGAAGAAAUACAAAGAUGAGUAGCACAAUGGCUGGCUGGAGGUACCUUGGGCAGACUAGAGGUUCAUGUUAAAGUGGAGCUCUUAGGACGAAAUGAGGCUUUUUCUUUUUUUCUGAAAAGAAAGCAGACCAAAUCCCAUAAGUACACUUAUAUGCUAACAAAGAUGUUUAGAUGAUUCAUUAGAGCCCUUUUGUAUUGGGGAAUUUUUAUUGCAUUUUAUUUUUAGUUUUUCAAACAAAUUAUCCAACAGGACAAGGCAAGUAUAAAUAGUAAGAAAAUCUGUGUUCUACAGUGUUUUAAGAUGUGACCAAAAAUAUAGAUUUCUUAACUUUAUUUAAGCAAAUAUACAGACUGUUCUAGCUCCUGUAGUGGGCAAGUAAUUUGAUGGUACCUGCUACUGUUAUGGAGUGUUGUGCAUGUAUUAGUGUGAAAGUUACUUACAUAUAACUGUCACACUGGGGGCUCUCCUCCACAUAAUUAUCCCAUUUCAGCAGCAAUGUAGAUUGUGAUUCUGAUUGCGAUUUUUCUUUGAACAGCUAGAAAGCAGCCUGGCAAGUGAGGAUGAGUAGUGGGUUUUAGUUUUUAGGAGUUCAGUAGAAUGCGUUUUCAUGGUUAAAACUUACCUGAUUAUAGUAUGUUACACAGUAAGGGCUAACAAUAGAAUAUGAAAAUAUUCAUCUUUUAAAAGAAACGUUUAAAGUGACAUUCCUUUUCUUGUCUGCAUUCAGAUUUUUAAAGUUUUCUUGUGAUGACCAGUUUUCUGUAAACAUGUAUGAUACUUCUGUCUUAACUGUUCCUGCUUGCUAGAUGAGCUGCAAGUACCAAAUGUAAUUUUUAAGAACAAAGUUGUAGAAAAUUGGCUGACUUGAGGGGUGUGUACUGUUACUAUAAAUUCUUGAUGCAAGACUCUGCAAUUCAGUAGUGAUCAGGAGCUGCUAUGUGAUGGCUCUUUUGGCUUACUUGAGAUUAAUGGGGGUCCCUCACUAAAUUUCUUAGUCUGCAGAAGUCUGUAUUUUGGACCUGUGCUGUUGGGAUGGAGACAGCUGUCCCUCUCCUCUUCAAGAAGCCCUUCUAGAAUGCAGUGGAGUCAUUUGAGUGCAGUAGUGUGUAGGAAGCUUAACCAUGCUGCUAUUUGUAUUUGCUGCAUAACAAAGUUGGUCUCCAGGCCUGUUUGUGUACAGUCAGUCAUAUGCAAUAAAUUGAAAUUUUAAAUAGAAGCAGAGUAUAUUUUUAAUUCCGUUAAGUCAUUAGGAUGAGACAAUUUAACACUGCAAAAAUAAUUUAUUUUUAAAAGUGACUUUAUGACCCUCAAUACCAGAGCAUUACUUCAACUUGAUCUGUGAAUCCAGAAAGCUUUUAAAAUGCCUAAAGAAAGGGAAGUGUUUGCAACAUUGUUAAAAUGAUAGGGUAAGAAGUAAAAACUACAUUGAGCUCUCUGGUUCAGAGAAUGAAAUCAUCAAGUCAGUGGACUGAAAGAAGGGACAAUCCCAGACAAUUCAGAAAGGGCAACAUCAACAUUUAAAUUCCAAUAUAAUGGAAUUGUUGCAUACAGAACAAAAUCUGGCCUUGGAACUUGGUAUUUUUUGUCUUGAAUAUUCAGUCACUUGGAUGCUAGCUGGAUUCUAUUCAGUGAGGCUCAAUGUGUGCUGUAAGAUUAAACAAAAACAUUUGUUGACUCUAGAAUGACUUGCAGAUGUACUGACAAAUUGACCGGAGAAGUAGUUCAGAGUUUUCUUAAAGCUUUGUGUCCUUUCCUCUUUCCCUUUAUCCAAGCAUGAAGCUUUAGGAAAUGGCAGGCCCAAACUUCCAAAGUGUGUUACGGCACCUCGGCAAGGCAGGAUGUCCCAGCUUCUCUUGCCCUUGCUUGUACAGAAGCACCUGUCUGUGCAAGCCUAGGCAUGAUACGAAUUAGCUUUUCUUCAUUUUUAGAGUAUAGAAUACUGGAGAAAGAAGUAACGAAAGUGGCUUGUGUUUUUCCUGUCCUGUCCAAACUUUUUAUUCUUGGCGGGGAGAAAGAACACGUACGUGCAUACCCAGGCUUCUUUAACAAUUUGCCCUACAGCAAAGUGCUGUGUUUCUUUAGGCUCCAUUUUCUUUCGUGAGUGCCAUGAAGACCAGAAAGAGUGAAAUGAGUGUAAUGAAGAAGGUGAGCCCAAGGAGGAUGCUGAGCAAGAGUUCAGACUGUAGAUUCCACCUUCCUUUUUGACAGAACAUUUUUUUUUUCCUACUUGAGUGCUCUGUAGUUAUCUCCAUACAAAACAGUCUAGGGUUACUAUGGUUAACACUCUAGUAUUGGGCCAGUAUGUUGUGGGUUAACUUGAUUUUCACUGGUGGCUUUGCCAUUUAAUCUUUCAGUUAAUACCAUAGGAUGCUGGAUGCAAUGGGGAGGAGCCUUUGGUAGUUACUUGACAUCUCCGUGUGAAAUUGGUCACUUCUCUCACUAAGUUGUGUCAAAGUGCAGACCACUUGUCUAGAUGAAAGAAACUUGAGACUUUGACAUUACACAGUUUAAGAGUGAAUCACAUUUUUGUAGUAAGAUCUGACUGGAAAAAAAGACUAAAAAAUGUUGAGCCAGAGCCCUCUGGGAAUCUGGUGCCUUUAACAAGAACUGUCAUUUUGUAAAAUGUUACAUCUAUAGCAUAGCCCGUAUGUUUUCUAUUGGUUUUUUGUACAGUUGUAAAUUCAAAAUAUUCUGUCUUUGGGUACGUAUUUUCAGUGUAAUACAGUAUGUAUAAUAAAAAUUUAGAUUUUCUAAGGAAA